UCCAUCACCCCUGUCACUCUAACAAAUCCCCCAAUUCCUCAAAAUCAGCACCAGUCUCACACUCACAACACAGCCACUCCAAAAGGCUCACAUUUCUUCAGCCGCACGGAUCUAAGAUCUACAUUUUUUUUUUCUUAGGAAGAAAUGAAAGCCCUUGUAAAUGGGGAAUUGUUAAAAACACCGGUGGUGUUGAAAAUCUCAGCUUUCUUUGUAAUUUCGAUCACAUUCUUUUACUUGGGCAAGCACUGGUCCGAUGGGUACCAACAACUCAUUUUCUUCAACACCUCGCGCCAAAACCCUUCUUCUUCUUCUUCCGCCGUCGCGCUCUCUCCCAACAACGACAGGUCGUUUAACCUCUCCGCCCUCAUUGGCCAAAACGACACCCAAUCCAUCGUCACCGACAAAACCCUAGACCAAGCCCAAGUCCCAGCCUCGAUCGCGAUCUCGGCCCCACCGCCGCCGUUUAAUCGAUUCGGGAUCGUGAACGACAAUGGGACGAUGUCGGAGGAGUUCGACGUCGGUGAGUUGGGCGAAGGCGAUUUGGUGGAGGAGUGGAGGAACGAGACGAAGGUUGGCGAUGGAGAUUCGGAUACCGGUAAGGGGAGUAGGGUUAGGGUUACGAAGUUUAGGAUGUGUCCGACGAGCAUGAGUGAGUAUAUUCCGUGUUUGGAUAAUGUGGAGGCGAUUAAGAAGCUGGAAUCGACGGAGAGAGGGGAGCGAUUCGAGCGGCAUUGCCCGGAGGAAGGUCAUGGAUUGGAUUGCUUGGUUCCGGCGCCCAGUAAGUACCGGACUCCGAUUCCGUGGCCGAAAAGCCGGGACGAGGUUUGGUUCGACAAUGUUCCUCAUACUCGUCUAGUCGAGGAUAAAGGGGGUCAAAACUGGAUUACAAGAGAGAAGGACAAGUUUAAGUUUCCUGGAGGUGGUACACAGUUUAUACAUGGGGCAGAUGAGUACUUGGAUCAUAUUAAUAAGAUGGUCCCUGAAAUUGCUUUUGGUCAUCAUACCCGAGUUGUUUUAGAUGUUGGGUGUGGUGUAGCUAGUUUUGGAGCCUAUUUGCUGUCACGGGAUGUCAUCACCAUGUCUGUUGCACCCAAGGAUGUUCAUGAAAACCAGAUUCAAUUUGCACUUGAGCGUGGCGUACCGGCAAUGGUGGCAGCAUUUGCCACUCGACGCUUAUUGUAUCCAAGCCAAGCUUUUGACUUGAUACACUGUUCACGAUGUAGAAUCAAUUGGACUCGUGAUGAUGGAAUAUUACUUCUUGAGGUCAAUAGGAUGCUCCGCGCAGGAGGAUACUUUGUUUGGGCAGCUCAGCCUGUUUAUAAGCAUGAAGAAAUCCUGGAAGAACAAUGGAAAGAGAUGCUUAACCUUACUGCUCGUCUCUGCUGGGACUUUGUGAAAAAGGAUGGAUAUGUUGCAAUAUGGCGGAAGCCAUUUAACAACGGCUGUUAUUUAAACCGUGAGGCAGGAACUGUACCUCCACUGUGUGAACAAGAUGAUGACCCAGACAAUGUUUGGUAUGUUGAUCUGAAGGCAUGCAUCACUCGACUUCCUGAGAAUGGAUAUGGAGCAAAUAUUACUACAUGGCCUGCACGUUUGCAAACUCCACCUGAUAGGCUUCAGAGCAUACAACUAGAUGCCUUAUUAUCAAGAAAUGAGCUUUUCAAGGCAGAGUCAAGAUACUGGAAUGAGAUAAUAGAAAGCUAUGUUCGUGCUUUACAUUGGAAGAAGAUUAGAUUAAGAAAUGUAAUGGACAUGAGAGCUGGCUUUGGAGGAUUUGCGACGGCAUUAAAGCAACAAAAUCUUGAUUCUUGGGUUAUGAAUGUUGUCCCUGUUAGCGGGUUUAACACCUUACCUGUUAUAUAUGACCGAGGGCUUAUUGGAGUUAUGCAUGAUUGGUGUGAGCCAUUUGAUACAUACCCAAGAACCUAUGAUUUUUUGCAUGCAGCUGGCCUCUUCUCUAUCGAGAGAAAAAGAUGCAAUAUUUCUUCAAUCAUGCUUGAGAUGGAUCGGAUACUGAGACCUGGUGGGCGUGUAUAUAUUCGUGACACUCUUGCCAUAAUGGAUGAACUUCAAGAGAUUGCAAAGGCCAUGGAUUGGCAUAUCGCUAUGCGUGAUACAUCUGAGGGCCCUCAUGCGAGUUAUAGGAUCUUGACCGCUGAUAAACACCUUUUGCGUGGUUGAAGUUGUGGAAAUCACGAACCGUAUUGUAUUGCCCAAAUCGAAGAUCUGCAACCCAGGCUAUUUUUCUCUAACAGGACAGUUUUAAGAGCAAUUGAAAAGGUCACUGAGAAUGACAAUCAUGCAGAGAGAGAAUUGCUUUUAUUGUGUAGUGAUUUGACUAUUGACAUCUGGUACACUGAGAUUGCAUUGUGAUCUUGGAGACUUAACCAUGUGGGUGUUUGUGGUUUGGGGGGGGGGGGGCGCACAGAUGUUGGAAACAAUAUUUUACUAUAUACAGGCCCAAUUGAUUGCAGCACGUCGUGUAACUUACCUGUAAUAUACCAUGUCAUAGUACUACAACCAAGAUUUUUAAGCUAGAAUUUUAUUACGUUGUUUACCCAGAUGUAAGAGAUACAUAAAAACCAUAUUUUAUUUGUUCAUUUAUUAAUGUCCCCCCGUGUUGAUUAUUGUGUAUCA